GCUAAACAAAGCUUAUGAAGCCUAUCGACAAGCAUGCAUGGAUAGGGACCAUGCUGUGAAAGAACUACAGCAAAAAAAACAGAAAACUACAUGCAGCAAAUACGUGAACAGCAGGAAAAGAUAGAGCUUCAAAACAGCAUUAUUGCAAAACUGAAAUCACAGUUAGCUGCUCGGAAUGCUAAUAGAGGUAAUGCGCAUCCCUACAUACUGAUGCAUGAAGACUUUGAAACCUCCAACUUAUCUUUCAGCCAGCUCUCUGAAAAACUGAACGUAGCAAAGCAAAGAGAAAAACUCUUAAAGGAACAGUUAGAAAAUGAGAGCAUGAAAUUGAAGCAACUUGAGGACAAAAACAAUCAAAAGGAAAGGAAGCUUGUAUCUAUUAUUUCCAACCAAGAAGAUAAAAUAAGAAUUCUGAAAAGCAAAUUGAAAGAAUUAAAUGAAGCACAAAAGGGUAUACAGAUGCCAAUGUAUAAAAGGGAGGUGAAAAGUAAGAAAGUUGUUCCAGAUAAGCCUGAAUUAUCUCUAGGGAUCGCUGGUAUUUCACCUAUGCCUGAAAGGGAGAAUCUGGAGACUAUUUUCCAGGACAUGAAAGAAGAGUGUCAUCGAAUAUGUAUGCUAGCCAGAGAACAAACAGACCAACUGAGUAAAUUUAAGAUAAAGCCAGAACCUGAAACUGAAAUACAGUUUUCCAUGCCGAUACAGUGUACUGAUAAAACUGAUGAACAAGCAGAAGAGCUUUUUAAGCCUCGGGUUAUAAAGGAUAUAAAUAGAGGUGCAUCAUGCAUCACAUCUAUCACACCAAGAGGAGUGGGCCAAGAUGAGGACAACAACUCUGUAGAAUCACUUUCUAAAUUUAAUGUCAAGUUUCCACCUACAGACAAUGACUCUGCUUUCUUGCAGAGCACUCAGGAAAAACCAACAGUUCCUUGUACUGGUAUAGCUGAAAACAUGCUUCAAGAUCAUCAUUUUAACCUGGAGCACAGAGACCGUGCUGUUAACCUCAGUAAAUUGGAACCUAACUCAUUUGAAGCUCAUGGAGUUGAUCUCAUGACCUCAGCUUUACAAAGCUUAACUACUGUUGACAAAACAAACCCCCCAAAUCAUGCAAACAUGCCCAUAGAAAAUGCCUGUGACAAAACAUGUUUAAAAACAACAGACACUGGUUUCACAUUUGUACCUAAGCACACAAACCAGGGUGUACCUGAAGUAAUUUUUUCUUCUUUAGAAGCUGCUGGGACAACCAUCAGAGGUCCUCAUCAGCUCAUUUGGCAGCCUCGAGACAAUGAUUUGCUGGCACAAGCUUAUACAGACUCUGAACUGAAUCAGUGUGGAAUAUGUGAAUUCUGUCGAGAAGUUUUCCCACCAUCUAUAACAUCUAAGGAAGAUUUUCUUCGGCAUCUGAAUUCCCACUUUAAAGUACAGUCUUAAUGUAUGAGAAUUCAAUGGAUCACUGUUUCUGCAUACAUUUGAUUUUUUUUAUUCAAUAGAUCUGCUAAGAAUUUAAGAAUUAAGACUUCUUGUAACAAGAACUCAUGGCUGAAAUUGUUUGUCAGAUAAGCACAUUUUUAAUUAUCCUUUGACAAGGUAAAAUGAAACUCUCAGUAAUUCAUAUUAUUGCUUUUUAUGCUUCAAUAUUACCUUUGAGAAUGAUGCUAAACAACUUUUUUUGGUUGGGUUUUUUUUUUUGCAAUUAAUCACUGCAUGAAUAGGCCCAAAGUCAUGGUUAUAUUAAUGAGUCUGGACUUGCAGGAUUAAUGCCUUAAUCUGGCUGGGGAAAUUGGUGUAAUGCUAGGAUUUUUUUCUCAAUAUCCAGUGAUGUGAUUAUGUUCUCCUUGAAGUAAACAGGAAGAGAAGUAGGCUCUCAUUUUUCAUUUCUAUUAUAAAGUUUUGAAAUUUAACUUACAAUAGUGAACCUCUUAAUUCAGAUUCUUCUAAAAUCAUCACAGUAACUGAAUGCCAGGAGUGCCAAAAUUAGGAUAGGCUUGUUCACUAAUGUAACUGAAUGGUUGACUUUCCCAGAUGAAUUGUUUACUAGAGAGAGUAAUCAAACACAGGACAUAAAUGACCCUUUUGCCAAAAUCCAAUGGUAGCAAUUUUAUGGAUUUCUGUUACAUGUUAUAAAAAAAUAAUGAUUUUGUUCCUGUACCUUUCUAUCAUUAAUAAUUAGUAAAAAUACUUUAAUGGAAAAGGUUAUAUUAGUAUGAAGGAUAGAGCGAGAAAAGGUUAGACUUUCCCUAAAACUAAGAAUACCAAAGAUUAUUUACCUUUCCUUCUGGUUUGCUAUGAAGGACUACUCAAGUGUGUUACAGCCUAGAAAGGAAAGGGGAAAACCUUAUCACCCAAACCUCAGCGACUUCAUUUUUAACCUGAAUAUGCUUAGUGGCUUUCCCAAUGCAAUUUAAAUUUGUGUUUAGGUGAAACAUUGCUUUCUGAUAAAGUUUGCACAUUUUCUGGAUUUAUUGGGAUCAAAUUAAAGGGGGGGGCCUUUACUAAGUAAUUUAAAUUAAUGAUAAAGGGCAACUUGGAGCUUUUUUUUGCAUUUGAACUGAGUAUAGGUUUUAGUCCUGAUAUUUGAUAAUUAGCAUUAAUAUUUUUAUAGCAACAAAGCACAACAGUUUCUCUUUUUAAAGAUUGGUUCGCAGGUGACCAAUUUCUGGAAGAAUUAACACCUGCAUAAUUUUUAGAAGUGGAUUUUUCGGCAAUUAUUUUCUCUAUCUUAAACACCUCGUGUUUGUGACUGGCUGUCAGCAGAGUGUACUGUAAUAAACAGCAGUGUACAGUG